CAGUGGUUGUCAUUCCUUUUUCUCACAAUUUUUUAAUGCCCUUGUGAACUUGGUUCUUGAUACUGGGCUGACAUAAGCGACGAUUGGCACGAGGUCGGCAUUAGGUAUAAUAUUCUCCUCAGCUUCCUCUUCCACAAUUCUCGAUUUCCUAUAGAUCUAGUGUUUCAAGAUAUUCCUUAGCCAGGACUGUGUCCGUUUCUCGCUUUACUUUCUUCAUUUUUUGAGCAUGCGAACGUUACCCCUCCUCCGCUCCUUUACAUGUAUUACUUCUUUUCUCUCUGCAGUGCGUGCGUUCAGUGUGACAGUCGGGACUCCAACUCAAUGCGACGAUUUCACUGUUUCAUGGACCGGUGGGCAAGCACCGUUUGAGAUCCUCAUGACUCCCGUUUUUCAAGUCCCGCAGAAUAUAAGUGUACCAGCAUCAGCCUUCAGCAAUGGCAAAGGCUCAUAUUCAAUAUCGCAAUUGCCAUUUUUGAACGCAACACAGUUUGUACUCACUAUGUCUGACGCCACCGCAUUUGGCUCAGGUGGAACGACAACUGUCUUAACAGUCGGUGAUCCUGUUGCCAAGAAUAACUGCAACACUACAGGUCAAUCAGUGGAUUUCACCUUUUCUUUGCCAUCUGCACUCCAACAAUGCAAUGAGUAUACCUUUGAUGGCUAUGAUAAUGCAGUGCAACCCGUUACUAUCACGGCGCUUAUUCCUGGUGGAGAGUCUCUCGUCCUUCACCCUCCGACUGGCUCCAGUUAUAAUUGGGUUGCGGAUGUUAGCGCAGGGACGACCCUCAUAUUUUUGAUGACAGACUCCCUGGGCAAACAAGGUGGUAGCUCUGACCUCGUGAUGGUCCAGCUGUCAAACAAUGCCUCAUGCCUCAGCGCCAAUUCACCAUCAUCAACUGCGUCUGUGCCCUCAUCCACCAUAGCGCCCACCUCGUCUAGCGUUUCACCGACAUCCACCACCCAAAGUACUUCAUCAAGCAACAAUACCGCUACUAUCGCCGGCGCGGCGGUUGGCUGUGUGGUAGCCAUUGCUGCGUUGGUCACCCUCGGCCUAUUCUUGCUGCGUAAACGAAGAUCAUCUCGCUCUCCGUACGUCAUGUCUUCUUCGAAACGCCAUUCACGCCGACUGCCAUCUAUGGAUCUCGAUCAUGAAGUCAACCAUUAUGAUCACGUUCCACAAAUUUACCCAUUCCCAUAUCAGGCAGACUCUGUCAGCCGCCUUGCUCCACCCAUUCAACCUGGAACCCAACCACACCUAACCAGUCCAUCCGCUGUCAACCUCACAGUUAACGACCCUCCCACACCAUUCAAUCAGACACAGCAUUCGCGCCAGGUCUCUAAUCCAGACAGCUUCGCUGGGUACGGAGACGCUGGAAGUUCAUCUAUGUCAUCCGCUGGCAGACGAAAAGCUGCAAUGGCCGGCCAGACAGCAUACAAACCUACUCGGUUCAUUUUGCAUACCGACGUCGAGGAUGUUGUAGAACUUCCGCCACAGUAUUCAGAGCAUCGGCAACGUCUUGCUCUGCAACCUGAGUCCGUGCUAAGACCGAUGUCAUCACAUUCUGAGUAUUCGGGCCCGAGCGAUCUUGCAUAUGCCGGAUAGCGCGUUCGUUUCACCCACUCAACCACAUUCACAUUCACCACCUCAUUCAUGACGCGUUGUCACACUGCGCCCACUCCUCUCCUUCGACACACUGCGGACAGUUUUCUUUCGUACGAGGGGCGCAUCUCCUAUUUCUACUGCUUUUCAGGCCCUUCAUUGUAAAUGUUAUCUAUAUCACUUAUUUAUGCUCAGCAUUAAGCUCGGUAUCCACUCCUUCACAUCUGUGAUAUACCCGUGUCGUUAUAUUUUCCUUCGGACGUCAUCAUCGGAGGCCAUGCAUUACAAGAGGAAAUUUGUCAUACCUGUAUAUAGCUUGUGCUAUAAAAUUUGGUGAACCAGCAUACCAAACAUUUUG